CUGGAGGAAAAGAAACAACAAGCACCAAUUGGAUUUUUUUUUUUGUAACCAAUUGGAUUUUCCAUGGCUACAAAAGAAAGAUCCUCUCCGAGACAACACAUAUAGAGAUUCCUUAACUUCUUCUCUCAGAAAUAAGAGAAAAAGGUUUUAACUCUGAGAUGGGCUACAAGAAACUGAUGACUGGUGGGACGUCAAGCAGAGGCCAUAGGGAUCCUCUCUUGCAGAACAACCAGGAUAGAACGAAAGAAAAUGGAGAAGAGACGAUCGAGAAUGGUAAAACUGAUCUCGAGAGCGGUGUAGCUGAGGCAGCAAAUGUUGGGUUUGGCAGAGUCUUUUCGUUGGCAAAACCUGAUGCAGGGAAGCUAGUGAUUGGUACCAUCGCUUUGUUAAUAGCUUCAACAACUAAUCUCCUCGUUCCCAAAUUUGGUGGAAUGAUUAUAGACAUUGUAUCCAGAGAUGUCAAGACGCCUGAACAGCAAUCUGAAUCCAUUCUUGCUGUUAGAAACGCUGUCAUAGUCAUUCUGCUUAUCGUUGUUGUCGGAUCUUUGUGCACGGCUUUGCGGUCGUGGCUGUUUAACUCUGCCAGCGAAAGAGUUGUGGCUCGACUGAGAAAGGAUCUGUUCAAACACCUAAUGCAUCAGGAAAUAGCAUUUUAUGAUGUGACGAAAACUGGAGAGCUCUUAAGUAGACUUUCUGAAGACACACAAAUCAUUAAAAACGCCGCUACUACAAAUCUUUCUGAAGCUCUUCGCAAUGUAACAACGGCCCUUAUUGGAGUUGGUUUCAUGUUUUCAUCUUCUUGGAAACUAACAUUGUUGGCAUUAGUAGUAGUUCCAUUAAUCUCCAUUGCUGUUAAGCAAUUCGGGCGUUAUCUCCGCGAACUUUCACACAAAACUCAAGCAGCUGCUGCUGUUGCUGCAUCCAUUGCUGAGGAAUCUUUUGGCGCAAUCCGAACAGUUAGAUCGUUUGCGAAAGAAAGUUAUAUGGUCUCACAAUACUCCAAGAAAGUUGAUGAGACUCUGAAGCUAGGACUCAAACAAGCUGUACUUGUCGGGUUGUUCUUUGGAGGACUAAACGCAGCUUUCACGUUAUCUGUGAUUACUGUUGUUAGUUAUGGAGCAUACUUAACAAUAACUGGUUCCAUGACUGUCGGAGCACUCACUUCCUUCAUUCUUUAUAGUCUCACAGUUGGUUCAUCGGUAUCUUCUUUAUCAAGUUUGUACACAACUGCGAUGAAAGCUGCAGGUGCUAGUAGACGGGUUUUUCAGAUCUUGGACCGUGUUUCUAGCAUGCCAAAUUCAGGGGAUAAGUGUCCUGUAGGUAAUCCUGAUGGAGAUGUGGAAAUAAAUGAUGUCUGGUUUGCUUAUCCUUCUCGCCCUAGUCACAUGAUACUGAAGGGGAUAACGUUGAGGUUGACACCAGGUUCAAAAGUUGCACUUGUAGGACCAAGUGGUGGAGGAAAAACGACCAUAGCCAAUUUGAUAGAGAGAUUCUAUGAUCCUGUCAAGGGAAAGAUUUUGCUUAAUGGAGUUUCUUUGAUGGAAAUAUCUCAUCAGUACCUUCACAAACAGAUCAGCAUUGUCAGCCAAGAACCGAUUCUUUUCAACUGUUCCGUGGAAGAGAACAUCGCUUAUGGAUUUGACGGUGAAGCUACUCUUUCAGAUAUAGAAAAUGCAGCGAAAAUGGCGAAUGCACACGAGUUCAUAGAAACAUUCCCAGAUAAGUACAAAACGGUUGUUGGAGAACGUGGGGUACGUCUCUCAGGAGGACAGAAACAAAGGAUUGCAAUCGCGAGGGCGCUUCUUACAAACCCGAGAGUCUUGCUCCUCGAUGAAGCAACAAGUGCACUCGAUGCUGAAAGCGAAUAUCUUGUUCAGGAUGCUAUGGACUCGUUGAUGGCGGGAAGAACGGUUCUGGUGAUAGCUCAUAGGUUAUCGACUGUUAAGACAGCAGACUGUGUGGCGGUUAUAUCAGAUGGUCAAGUGGCUGAGAAAGGGACUCAUGAGGAGCUUCUUAGCUUUAAUGGAAUCUACACUAAUCUUGUCAAGAGGCAGCUUCAAAGUUCUUCCUCUGUAACCAACCUGUGAGAUAAUAGUAUACUUUUUAAAUUUAACAAGACAAGUGAUCGUUGAUCAUUCGUUGUCUGUGAAACUAGAACCUUCUCUAUGAACUAGAUGGUCGACGACAUAAAAUAAUGUCUAUUAUUUGAAAAAUCUUAUUUGAAAAAUCUGUUUUUAUGGAGAAUUUUCAAGUUUA